UUAAGAUAGGUUGUAAGCUAUUGUCUAUUCUAAAUUAUAUAUCAAUAACUACCCUAAAAUCUACGAACUGUUGUGAUCUGGCUCCGACAAAGGAAAAAUGGCGCCACUCGUUAUGUUCGAACGUCGAACAUUUUGAUUCACCGAUUUACAAAAUUGUUGAUGAAGACGAACGUGUGCAUAUAUCAUUGUAAAGAACAGCAGCGCUUCAAAGAAAGGCCUUAUCAUGACAUCGUUGUAUUCAACUUCUCCAAAUUACGGCAGUAAAGACCCGGGAAAUAAUAGUGGACGUAGUGGUAGCAGUGGGACUAGAUAUAUACGCGAUGCCCGUGACCGAGGCGACCAAAGCGCGGAAUUCGCUUCGUUUCGAAGAAUCGAACGUGAACGUAUUGGUGAACGCGGUGUGCGAGAGGCCUGGGCCGUUUCUCCAGAACCCCCAGAUCAUUCUGAUGACGACGCACACCUUACUGAGAUGAACAAAAAUGGAGCUGAUGGCGAUAAGUCGAAGCGUAAAAAGAAGGCCAGCAAAAAAAUAAAGAAAAGUAAAAAGUCGAAGAAAGGUAAACGUAAAAAAAACAAGCAUUCAAAGAGAUCCAAUGAUGAGAACGACGGUUCGGAAUACGAUGAGAAUGCAACAAGUUCUGAUGAUGACUUGUCGAAAAAGAAUCAUCAUGAGAAGAAGCGUAAGAAAUCCAAGAGGAUUAGUAACAAAAAGUCGAAAAAACGGAAGCGUCAUGGAAGUGAUUCGGAUUCAGACGACGACAGCGAUUCGAGCGACUCCUACGAUUCGGACGAUACCGGUGGUACCAUGAAAACCAAGAAAAAUCUCAAAAAAUCUAAGAAGGGGAAAAAGACCAAGUCGAAGAAACCCAAGACCAACAGUAAGAAGAAAAAACGAAAGCGUUCCCCAAGCACUUCGUCAUCCUCUUCGCAGGAUAGUGAGGAAGAGGGAAGUGGCUCCUCUAACGAAUGGCAAGAGACUGAAAAGCCAGGGCCUAUUCCACAGCAACAACCGAUACAAACGGCUAGUUUGAUGUAUCCAUUGGCUACGACUCCCCUUAUAGUUGGCGCUCCGGCAAGCACCGGAGUUACUACCUUUGCUGAAACCAGUAGUGUCGUGGGUGGUGGCAACAAAGAAGAAAAAGAAACAGCUCCAUUAUCGGCGAUGGAAAAGGAACAGCGGGAAUGGCUUGCAGAACAUCGACGAAAACAGGAAGCCAAGGCAGACCGGGAUGACGAAGACGACGAAAUUGGGCCGCUGCCUCACAAAGUCAUGAUGCUAACCCACAAGGAAAUGGGACGGGCUUUGCUGCCGGGUGAAGGAGCUGCAAUGGCCGCAUUUAUUGCUGACGGAAAACGUAUCCCACGUCGUGGUGAAAUCGGUCUUACGUCGGAGGAAAUUGACCAGUUCGAGCAAGUCGGUUACGUCAUGUCCGGGUCAAGACAUCGUCGUAUGGAGGCUGUCCGAUUACGAAAGGAGUCACAGUUAUACUCAGCCGACGAGAAACGCGCGUUGGCUAUGUUUAAUAAAGAAGAACGUCAAAAGCGCGAAGCGACAAUCCUUAGCCAGUUCAAACAGGUCAUCGACGAGAAACUUAAUAAGUAAUACGAACUAAUAACGUAGACAAAGGUUUACCUGUUGCGGCACUUUAUGAUACGAUGCUGCGAAAAAUAUUUUCCACACUAUUUAGCGAUCAAUGGAAUGUGUACACAUACUUGACUAGUUAACUAAAACUAGAAUUAUA